CAGCAGUGGGAGGAGGAGGUGUGUGUGUGUGUUGUGGAAGCCACUCCCCCAUCUGAGCUGAUUCUAGUCAUCACAGCAAUAAUGAAGUGCACACGACGCUGCCAGCACGCCCGCCUGCCAGUAUGACAUAGUGUCACCGUUGUGGAGGACACGCACACUCGCACACAUUCACACACAUUCACACACACUCGCUGACGGGACGUGCAGCCUGCCUCCACACACAUGCACACACUCACUCACUCAGUCCUGGGAGAGGAGUGGAGCAAAGAAAAGAAGACGGAGUAGGAGGGAAGAAUAGGAAGAAUUGUAUGGCUUCUUCUCCAUUUCACUGACCAGCGCUGGUUGUUGGUGCUGAACCGAGACACCGACACCCAAACACACACACACACCUCCCCCCUGCAGCCACGGAUUCUUGGAUUAGUCCGCCCCGGUGUGGAGAGUGGGAGUCGCGGAGCAGACCAACAUGGGGAACCAGGCGGGGAGACUGGAGGAGACAGAGUCAGGUGCACAAGCAGCCAAGAAGUCUGGUAUCCCAGCUCCUAGAGAAAUCCCUUCUUCCAUAACAAGAGACCGCAUCUCUCUGAGGGACCAGCUCAGGAGCAAUGCCACUAAAAAGAUGGUUUCCAGUGCCAGCACUUCCAGCCUCUCCACUCUGGGAAAGCCCACACGUAGUUCAACCACAAAGUCCCGUGGAGAUGCCGAGAGCCAGGAAAGGGGUCUUCUGGAGACCCAGGUGAAAGAGCUGCUGGCUGAGGCCAAGGCCAAAGAGUUAGAGAUCAGCAAUCUCAGGAAAGAGUUGCAUCGCUGCAAAAGUAAAGCCUCCAGCGCUCCCUCUUCACCAUCAACCAAUUGUGUCUCGUGGGAAGAGCCUGAUGCAAAUGGAGAGCAGGGACAGAUGUCAGAGGCCAUCGUGCUGGUUGGGGAGCUGAGGGAGAAGAACGGGAAGUUUCAGAGAGAGCUGGCAGCGCUUAGGGAGGAGAACCAGACACUGAAAGAGAAGCUGCUUUUCUUGGAGGCCUCUCCUCUCUCUAGUACAAACACAAGCUCCCUGUCCAAGCCUCUGGUGAAUGGCCUCCCCUCAGAUUCCUUAAAUCCACAACAGGACAGUCGCUCUUCUCCUGCCAGCCCUCUGAAGUCCUCCGUCUCCUCCGGUUCUGACAUCACCAAGGACUCACCAUCACCCGACUCCUCAGAGUUUGAGAAGAUCCCAUCACAGUCAGAGUCAGAGAGUAGCGGAGUCAGCGGAGGGCAGGAUGUGCAGAGGUUGACAGAACAGAUCCACAAGAUGGAGGAGAGCCACCACAGCACAGCGGAGGAGCUGCAGGCCACUCUGCAGGAGCUGGCCGACCAGCAGCAAGUGGUGCAGGAGCUGACGGCUGAGAACGAGCGCCUGGCCGAGGAGAAGCGCCUCCUGCAGACCUCUCUCCAACAGCAGAGGGAGCGUGUGGAGGUGCUGGUCCAGAAGAACGAGGCGCUCGCUGGCCGCCUCCAGGAGCAGGUCGAAGCCCAGGCCCAGAGGGAGGAGGAGCUGGGCAGCCAGGGGCCCCGGCUGGCCGAGCUGGAGCAGAGGUACAGUGAGCUGGUGGAGAGCUCGAGCUUUGAACGAGAGAAGCUGGUGGACAUCCAGCAGCAGCUUACAGGCAGCCUGCGGGCUCUGGAGGAGGAGCACCAGGAGGCCCAGGGCCAGGUGCGCCUCGUCAGAGAGGAGAUGGACAAGCUGCAGGCCCAGCUGGACAGAGAGCGGGAGGCUGGAGCUCAGGCAGCACUGGCUGCAGAGGAGCAGUGGGCCACAGCAGACUGUCUCAGACUGGAGAACAGUAGGCUGAAAGCACAGGUGGACAUUGAAAGGCAGAAGGUGGGUGAGCUGAAGGCCCUGCAGAGUGCCGGUGACAGCAGUGAGGUGCAGAACUUGCUGAAAACAGCCCACGCCGAGAGAGACAGGCUGGAGGUGGAGCUGACGGAGCUGAGGCAGGAGCUGCUAGAAGCCCAAGCUGACACUGAGCAUGUGCGAGCCACAAUGUGCAAGGUGGAGGCCAAAUGCCAGCAGGUUCAGGAGCGGGCCGAGAGGAGGGAGCAGGAUCUGGGCAGCCGGGUGACUUCCCUGGAGGAGGUCGGGGUCCACGCUGAGAACCAGGUGAAAGAGCUGAAGGAGACCAUCUUUGAGCUGGAGGACCAGGUGGAGCAGCAGAGGGCCGUCAACUGCCACACCAAGCAAGCCGUCCUGGACAUGGAGCAUCUUGUCAAAAAGAUGGAGGAGCAGAAAGUAGAAGCAGACCGCCAUAUGAAAGUCUUGAGUAGACAGAUGAAGGAUGAAAAAGAAGAGUGGCGUCGGUUCCAGGCGGACCUCCAGACAGCCGUGGUGGUGGCCAACGACAUCAAGGUGGAGGCUCAGCAGGAGCUGCGUGCUCUCCGGAGACAGCUGCAGGAGGAGCAGGAUCGCAGCGCCAAGCUCUCCACAGACCUGGAGGCCCUGCAGGGUGUCAGGUCCCAAGGUGACGAGGUGAGGCUGUCCGACUCUGAUAUCCAGCGGCAGUGGUGCAACAUCUCAAUGAUCCCGACCACACCCAGCGACGCCAGUGGGGAGGCCGACUCAGUCCCCGGAGCGACUCUCAUUAAGUCCUUUGAUACUGUUGGACCGAAUGGGCCCAGCCUCACAGUUCAGAUGCACUCCAGCCCCAGAAGCCUGCUGAGUGGGAUCCCUGUACGCUCUGCACCUGCUGCUGCCGUCUCCCCUAUCCAGAGACAGACGUAUAUAAAGCCGCUAUCCAAGACAUUGGAAAAGAGAAUCAACCAUGGAGAAUUCUCUCUUCAUCAUGAUAAGUUGUCGGGCCGCGGGGAGGACCUGAAACCUAACAGCCUGAUGAGGAAGAGCCCUUCUCUGGAGUCUGUGAUCAAAACCUCUGCCUCCUUCGGCAGCCGCACAGCCUCCUUCAGCUACAACCGAGGAAACAGCAAGCUGAGUGUGGAAAGAAAGGACCCCUUGGCUGCACUGGCGCGGGAGUAUGGAGGAUCUAAGAGAAACGCACUACUGAAGUGGUGCCAGAAGAAAACAGAAGGCUAUCCGAAUAUUGAUGUUACGAACUUCAGCAGCAGUUGGAGUGACGGCUUGGCUUUCUGCGCCCUCUUACACACAUAUCUGCCCGCCCACAUCCCGUACCAGGAACUCAUCAGUCAAGAUAAGGUUCAAAAUCUGACCUUGGCUUUCCAGGCCGCAGAGAGCAUCGGGAUCAAACCCUCUCUGGACAUGGAGGAGCUGGUGAGGACGGACAGGCCGGACUGGCAGAGCGUCAUGCAGUACGUCUCUCAGAUCUACAAGUACUUUGAGACCUGACUGGGGGGGG